UUCCGGUACCCAAUAUUCAAAUCGCGGAGAUUAUCAUGUGAUGCGAGCGGGAAUGCGGACGUUUAUAGAAUCUUGAGCCGUAUCUUAAAUACUUUGAGUUCGUGGUCCGGCAGAUACCGAAAAGUGCUUCACAGUGAAGUAGUGCACGAAACAUGUAGCUCGCUCGGGCGCCCGCAGACGAUCAGCUGGACUUGUCGAUUCGCCCGUCGUCUGACAUGUCUGUCCUACCGAAAGCAGACGAAACAACUGACAUUAAGGGCGUGAUAUGCGUCUACUUGUCGUCGUGGAACCAUGUUAUGGGUCCUCAGCUGCUCUUCUGCUGGCGUUUAGAAUGCCCUCGCCAAGUCCACGACGCCGAAGGAGAUUGUCCCCAUUAUUUAAAAUGCCAUCAGUACCUGGAGAAUCCCGAAGCAUUCGUAUUGCGCAAUGAAGCACCCCAGAUUAGUCAAAAAGCUCCGACGGAAGGCUAUGUCCACAGCGUCCUCCAAAUCAUGCACGGCUGCUUGGAACGCCUGCAGACCCGGUCCUGCUUCUUAGUGUUGCCGGACAAACGAGUUGCCGUCCAAGCGGUGACGUUUCCCCUGGCCGGAGUCCCCGUCAGUGUAGCGGCCAUUUUUCCACUGCACGUGCUGCGAGACUUGUGGCACCUCCUCACUCUCAACGACCUCACCCUCGCACGCCUUUCCCUCAUAUGCCAGACUUCCGGGAAAGAGUUUAUGAAGAGCAUAAGUUCCGCGACCACCCUCCUCAACCGCUAUUUCGAGCUGUCCGAGUCCCUCCUCAAGACGCGGACUCUGGAUCGAAGGCUGUCGAUGAAUUCGCUCUGCAAAGACAACCUUCCAAAUGACGUGACAAGGAGAGCGCUCCAGUCCCACCUGCAGACCAGGAGGUGUUCCAUCAUCAUGGGUGACAACGUCCCUCAGGUGGACAGUGUGCUGAACAUGAUGACAUCCCUUCUUGACCACGAAGAACUUCUGUGUUCCUCCUGGGACCGACAUCGUCACAAACCGGUCCCUCAGUACUGGCCCGGUCUGUACCUGCAGGGACUGGUGGUGGGUCCGCCAGACGGGAACAGGCACGGCUCGGCGUCACCCCUGUCGGCGCGAGAACUGCUCUGGGCACCGCACCCCUCGACAGUGGUUGACGCGUCGCAGGGGCGCGUGUGGCGUUCACCCCUGCACGUUGGAUUUCGUGGGCCCCUCACACGAAAGUUGAAGACUGCGCGAACCCCGGUGCCGGAAUCCCACGUCUCGAUAUUUGUGCAACAAAUGCUACAAGUGUCCGGCAACGACCGGGCUGUGGAGCACGUCCUCCUUUCCUUCAAACAGUUCCUCAGGGUUAAAGCGAUGGCUCUCAUAAAAUGUGCUUCACGUUCAAGGAGAUCUAUGUCCACAAAGUACCUGCAGUCUGCCUUAGCACUUCCGUACCUGUCAGACUUCGAGGUUGUGCUGGCAUAUGCCGAAAAGCUACGGCCUGGUCUGUGCCAGUAUGUUGUGCCCUCAACAUGACUGCCUUUCUCCGAGGCAGCUUUCAGUCCUCGUGUAAAUAAAGUUCGGUACUCAUGUAA